AUGCAACUGAUCCGUGACCUUGUCCAAGACAAAAAGAAAAAGGGAAGAGAGCAUAAAGAAGCGAUAGUAAGUGCUAUAAAGCAGGCCCUGGAGGAUUACAGUUCCAUCUAUGUGUUCACUUUUGAGAACAUGAGAAAUCCGAAGUUUCAAGAGUUCAGGGAGCAGCUGAAAUCUAGCAGCAGAUUUUUUCUUGGGUCGAAUAAAGUCAUGCAGGUCCCUCCGGGCAGAUCAGUAGCUGAUGAAACCAAGCCAGGCAAUCAUAAACUUUCUAAGUUUCUUCAUGGUGAUGCUGGACUUUUCUUCACUAAUUUGGAAAAAGAGGAGGUUCAAAGGUUAUUCAAAGAAUUUGAAGAACAUGAUUUUUCAAGGACAGGGAGCAUUGCAAUCAAAAAGAUGGAACUAAAAGGAGGCCAAUUGGAACAGUUCUCACCUGAAAUGGAGCCUUUUCUUCGCAAACAGGGAUUGCCUGUUCGCUUGAACAAAAGAGUCAUAGAGCUAGUCUCCGACUUAGUUGUGUGUGAAGAAGGGCAGCCUCUAUCCCCUGAAUCGGCUCGAACAUUGCGCUUGCUUGGAAUCAAGAUGGCUACCUUCCUCCUCCACCUUUUUCUGUGGUUGGAGCCCUGA